AUGCAACAGCCCUCGCCGUCCGAAGAAACGCAAAACCUCCUCGCCCGCCUCUCGCAGCGCCCAGGCGUGCAAAGCACCCUCAUCCUCUCUCGCGACUCCGGCGCCAUUGUCAAAUCCUCCGGCCUCGUGACUCCCGAAGAGACUGUAGCCGAAAACGGAGAGCCUAUUGCGAACGGAGAGCACGUGAGUGGGGGUGCAGAGGGUCAGGGAUCCCGCAAAGGGACUCGCAAUGCGGAGGAGGUUGCGAGGCUUGUUUUUGGAUUUGUCAAGAGUGCGGGGGAGAUGAUUGGGGAGUUGAAUGGGGUGCAGGAUGAGGCGAAGUUGCUGAGGUUGCGGACGAAGAGGAAUGAGAUUGUCGUUGUGCCGGAUGCGAAGUUCUUGCUGGUCGUUAUACAUGAUACCCCGCCUGCAUGA